AUGUCAAAACCGGAUCGAGGACGAAUUGUACACUUGGCCGCUCAACGUGAACGUGCCAAAGAAAACAUUGAGAUGCAAAAGAAGAAAUUGGAAAACGAACGAAAAGCUUGUAAGUUUAUGCUUUUCAUUGAUGUCUUAGGUAUUGAAAAUAGGCAACAGAAUAAACGUUUUAUGAAAGAGCAAUAAUGCCGAUUAGUUUUCAGUAGAACUUGGUAUUACUGACAAGUUUACCGCGAAUGUUGUGUCAAAGGAAGACCCGUUGAUGCCAAGCACAGCUGGAUUACUGACAUUGGAGAAGAUAAGACAACAAAAAACUGCCUUAAAAUCAGAAUCUGGAGGUUCAAAGGAGGAUGAUGAUCCUAACGGAAGCGGCGAAAAGCCCAUCAAGAUUCAGGUAAGAUUAAAAUUUAGUUACUUUUCUUUUUCAUCUUUAGAAGCGAAUAUUGUCGUUUGGAGACGAUGAAGAAGAAGACGAAGAACCAGUUUUCAUACCUAAAAAGCGAUUGGGGAUGAAUCCAGAUGUAGAUACUUCAUUCUUGCCAGAUCGGGAGCGAGAAUUGGAGAUUAUAAGGUAAGAUUAUGGUUAUAGAUAUGUAUUGUGAAGGUUUUGUUAUUCAGAAAACGUGAGAAGUUGGCUCGAGAGUUCAAAGAAAAGACCGAGAAGGAGAAGAAUGAGGAGAUCAAUGUGGCAUUUUGUUAUUGGGAUGGGUCUAGCCAUAGGAGGGAUACCAAGAUGAAGAAAGGCGCCACGAUUUCACAGUUUUUGGUACGAGCAAUUGAGGUAAGGAAUAUCUUUAAGUUAUACAUGGAAUUUCAAAGUUUUGUGAGCUUAUAAUGCAGUAUAAGAGCAAGGCUUUAUUUAAAAAUUUUUUUAAACUCAACGAUGAGGUAAUCCAUCUGUUCAUUUCAUUGGCCUUUGAUUUAAGCCUAAGUCUUAGGUUUCUAUUCCUAGGUGUCGAGGUUUUCGGACUAAGAUACUACCAGACCUCGGUCAUUGCCAAUGGAAAGUUGCCAAGAGAUUCGAGGAGGGAGAAACCUUGAGGGCUGUGUAUUAAACAACGCGGCACUCGACUUCAGACCAAGUCGAAGUCAUUUCUUGGUGGCUACAGAACAGAUGGUAGAUCGUUGUUUUCAGUUGGUAAUAAUACAUGAUGGCUAUAUUGCUAUGUCAUUGUGUGUCAAAAUUGAAACGACAUUUAUAAAAAAUCAAAAAAUACAUUUUGUAAUCAGCAAGAAUUUGAUGUUAUAUUAUUGAAUUACCUAACUUAUAUUAUAAUAUUAACGAUUUUAGAUUUUGCGAAAAGACUUCGCCGAGUUUAGAUCAGUAACAACUGAAGGAUUAAUGUUUGUGAAGGAAGAUCUGAUCAUUCCACACUUCUAUACGUAAGUUUACCUUAUAAAAGACUAAUUGACAGGUGAAUUUGAUUUUCAGUUUUCAAGAUUUCAUAGCGACAAGAACCAUGGGAAAAACUGGACCGUUAUGGCAAUUUGAUGCUGUUGGGGAGAUCAGGUUAAGGUAGGUACAAUAGGUAUUAGACUUGAUUACUUUUGAGAUGGAUCGAUUAUAAAUUUCGAUACAUUUGGUCAAAAAGCCUGUAAAAUUUUUUUGUGUUUGUGAAUUUAGCAGGUCUUUAAAUUUUAUAAAAGUUUUUUUGGCUUUAUUGUUAUAGUUUUAUAUUAUUGAUGUUAAAUCUUAUUUUUAGAUAUUAUCAUUAUCGUUUUUUCUAUUAACCUUGUACGUUUAUAGACAAGAUGCCGCUCUGGACAUUGGAGAAUCUCACCCCGUAAAGAUAGUGAUGAGGAAUUGGUACGAAAAGAACAAACAUAUCUACCCAGCUAGUCGAUGGGAGGCCUUCGUCGCCAACAAAGACUACCAAAGGACUACCGUAGACUUAAACGAAAUUUAA